AAAGAAACGGCUUUCUUGUUAUUCACUUAUUUUCAUUAGGAAUUUCCACCCGUUAACCACUGAGCCUCCAAUCACACAUUACUUACGCCAUAAAAGGUCCUUGCCUUUGAUAUUGAACGAGACAUUCGUCUGCGAAAUUUCUUUGUCUUUUCCAAUCCUCCGCGUUUUGUUCCUCGUUAAAAGAAAAAAGUUUCUGGGCUGAAAACGUCCAAAUUAGAUUUUGUUAUACUUUUUGAUUACUGAAGUUUGUUAUUUCCAAAUCUGUCGAUUGAUUCGUGGGUUUGGGAUUCGAUUGGAAGUGUGGGCUGAUUUGGGUUCGAUCUGGUAAUCGGUCAGAAGCAGAGUACUUCUGCAUUGAGGAGGCAAGGGAAAAGGCGAUGAGCAUCGCUAGAUUUUGCGAAAAAGUCUCGACGAAGAUGGUAGAAGGGGGAUCUCAUUACUGUCUCAUGAAGAAAGAUGAUAUCUGCACCGGGGAUUCGAUUAGAGGAUUAAGACUAUCAAGAUUAAAAUGUCUGCUUCGAGGCCUCGACUUCAAAGUUUUAAUAUUCCUGUUCGUUCUGAUACCAACUUGUGGCUUUGGAAUCUAUGUUCACGGCCAGAAAAUCACAUACUUUCUGCGGCCUUUAUGGGAGAAACCGCCGAAGCCCUUCCAUGAAAUCCCUCACUAUUAUGAUGUGAAUGUGUCGAUGGAUAAUCUCUGUAAACUUCAUGGGUGGGGAGUUCGGGAGUUCCCUAGACGUGUCUAUGAUGCUGUAUUGUUCAGUAAUGAGGUGGACAUGCUUACUGUUCGAUGGAAGGAGUUAUACCCUUUUGUGACGGAGUUUGUUUUGCUUGAAUCAAAUUCGACUUUCACUGGAUUGCCGAAACCCUUAUACUUUUCCAAGAAUAGGAAGGAUUUCAGCUUUGUUGAGCCCAGGCUGACUUACGGUCAAGUCCCGGGGCGAUUUAAGAGGGGAGAGAAUCCAUUUGUCGAGGAGGCUUAUCAACGGUUAGCGCUAGACUAUCUUCUCAAACAAGCGGGCAUUCAGGACGAUGACUUGUUGAUCAUGUCAGACGUUGACGAAAUACCUAGUAGGAACACUAUAAACCUCUUGAGAUGGUGUGAUGAUAUACCGCCUGUCUUGCAUCUAAGAAUGAGAAAUUAUCUCUAUUCCUUCGAGUUCUUUGUUGAUAACAAUAGCUGGAGGGCUUCUAUCCAUAGAUAUCAGUCGGGGAAGACAAGGUAUGCUCAUUAUCGGCAAUCGGAUGAAAUCUUGGUGGACGCAGGGUGGCAUUGUAGCUUCUGUUUUCGACGAAUCAGCGAGUUUAUCUUCAAGAUGAAAGCUUAUAGCCAUUGUGACAGAAUAAGGUUUUCUCAUUUUCUCAACCCAAAACGAGUCCAAAAAGUCAUUUGUGAAGGGGAUGAUUUGUUCGAUAUGCUGCCCGAGGAGUAUACGUUCAAGGAAAUUAUCGGGAAGAUGGGGCCCAUCCCACACUCUUAUUCAGCAGUUAAUUUGCCCGCCCAUCUUUUGCAGGACUUUGACCGUUACAAAUUUCUCUUGCCUGGUAACUGCUUGAGAGAAAGCGGAUGAUGCAAGUUGUGAGAGAAAGCGGUUGAUCCAAUUUUCUUCCACGCUGCAGCUGCUCUGUUACUCGGUGAAAUUUUAUGCCCCAAACACAUACCCUAACUGCUAUUAUAUUCAUCCUCUAUGAAUGAUAGUAGGAUGAAUUCUCUGACUCAUGAAAUCUGCAUUAAAACAUUGUAUAGAACAAAGAUAGAUAUUUCAUUCAUGGAACAUUAUGAAAGUUGCUGCUGCAGGAUAGCGUUAGGUUUUAGACGGCGUGUAUAGUUGUGUAUAUCUUCCUACCCUGCACUUGAUGAUCCCAAUUCUGUAGGAAGAUGUUAGUCUAGUUUUUUUUUAAUCUUUUCUGUUUGUAUUUGCCCUCUUGGGAAAUUUUUGUGAGACAUCAAUCUAUUUAUUGUUUCGUAACGGCAUGUCUUUCUUGUCUCUUCUUAGCAUUUAGAUUUCUUAACAGCAAUAUAUUUUUUAUGUUUAUGGCAACCGUCUUGUGAAAAACUUU